GACGGAAAACAUUUUUCCCGACCGCAAUCACGCUUUCGAUUCGAAACUUAAUCAGAAACGCACAUGACUAAUCACAUGAUGCCUUUCACACGGGGGUCGUGUUGAUAAAAGCGCAAAGCAGGUCACACGCCACAUAAGGAAGAUCUAAUCCAAGAAUGAAGUCCCUGAUUUUGCUGUGCCUAGCCUCAGCCCUGGCUGUGUGUUGUGCUCGUCCACGGCUACGUGCGCUCUCCCAUGAGAUGGUCAACUACAUCAACAAAGCAAACACGACAUGGACGGCUGGACAUAACUUUGGCAAUGUAGAUUACAGCUAUGUGAAGCAGUUGUGUGGAGCAAUGCUCAAGGGACCAAAACUUCCAGUCAUGGUUCAGUAUGCUGGAGAUGUGAAGCUUCCAAAGAAUUUUGAUCCCAGGGAGCAGUGGCCUAAUUGCCCGACUCUAAAAGAAAUCCGAGACCAGGGGUCAUGUGGGUCAUGCUGGGCUUUCGGAGCAGCUGAAGCGAUCUCUGACAGAAUCUGUAUCCAUAGCAAUGGCAAAGUGAGCGUGGAGAUCUCCUCUCAGGACCUGCUGACCUGCUGCUCUGACUGUGGCAUGGGAUGUGAUGGAGGAUAUCCUUCUGCUGCUUGGGAUUUCUGGGCUACAGAGGGUCUCGUGACAGGAGGACUCUAUAACUCUCAUAUAGGAUGCCGUCCAUACACCAUUGAGCCAUGCGAGCACCACGUAAAUGGUUCUCGUCCUCCGUGCACUGGGGAAGGUGGAGACACGCCGAACUGUGACAAACAAUGCGAACCCGGCUACAGUUUAUCUUACACUCAGGACAAGCACUAUGGAAAACAAGCCUACAGCGUUCCAUCUGAUGAGAAGCAGAUCAUGCAGGAGCUCUACAAGAAUGGCCCAGUGGAGGGAGCGUUCAUCGUAUACGAGGACUUCCUUAUGUACAAGUCUGGUGUUUAUCAGCAUGUCACCGGUUCUCAAGUAGGAGGUCAUGCUAUCAAGAUCUUAGGCUGGGGAGAGGAAAAUGGGACCCCUUACUGGCUGGCUGCCAACUCCUGGAACACCGACUGGGGUGAUAACGGUUAUUUCAAGAUCCUGAGAGGUGUGGACCACUGCGGCAUAGAGUCUGAGAUGGUGGCUGGUAUCCCCAAGUAGCUCAUAAUGCAGGGGGGAAAGAAAUUUGGAGAAAUCUGACCUUCAACACAGUCAAAUAUGGGUUAUUAGAACAAAAAAUGAUUUUAAUUUUUUUAAAUAUAAAUCUGAGCAUUUUAGCAUUUUCCUCAUUUCUGAACUUUUUAAGAUUUUUCUCUCCCUGUUUAAUUAAUGGCCGUUUUAUUUUGACUUUAUAACCAGAUGUUUUAAGUGAUUUUUUUUUUUUUGUAUUUUUUUUUCAAAUAAAAUAUCAAAUCCUGUUUCUUAAACAAAUCGUGACUGCUUUAUGUAUCUAGAUUUUUGCAGGACAAUAUUGUUAGCAAAUAACAGCUACACAUGACUAGGAACCUGUCUUUAAAUACAGGGAGAGAAGAACUAAACAGUGCAUUAAGAACGUGUGGGUUCAGAAACAUUGAUGUUAACUACACGUGAAAGCUUUGUGUAAUGGACAGUGCAACAAAUUUGCUUGUUUGACUCUGUAAGUGUUUGGUAUAGACUGCAGAUCUAGAAUAACAGGUAGUGAGUAUCAGUAUCCAGCCAAAAAUGUUGCUGCUUUUUAAUUUAAAAAAAAAAAAUGACUCAAAAUGAACGCAUUACAUAUUACAGUGAGUUCAUACAGUACUAGGAAUGAUUUUUAUGCUUUGCAUUGCUGCCACAUGAUUGGCUGAAUGACUGUGUUCCUAAUAAAGUGGCAGUGAGGUGACUGCAUCAGUCACAAAAAUCAGACCCCACCCUAAACAAACAAGUUUUUUUUUUUUUAAAAAAAGAAUAAAAAUUGAAAACUUUC